CACAUUUGUCCCUCGGGACUAUCACACACACACUUCCUCAUCACCUCUAACUGAAACUCUCUUUACCACACACACUCUCUCUCAACAUCUCAAAAAACUAAAAAAUAAAAAAAUGAGGUCGUCACUGUUCAGAUCGGUAAAAGCCCUAGGGAGCACCAGCUCAUCUUCUCACCUCCUCCGCCGUGGCUACGCCUCCGAGGCUGUCCCUGAUCGUAAGGUGGCUGUACUCGGCGCCGCUGGUGGUAUCGGUCAACCACUUGCCCUUCUCAUGAAGCUUAACCCUCUCGUCUCAAAUCUCGCUCUGUAUGAUAUUGCUAACACCCCAGGUGUCGCAGCUGAUGUUAGCCACAUCAAUACCAGAUCUGAUGUGAAAGGAUAUGUGGGAGAGGAUCAACUAGGGAAAGCAUUAGAGGGAUCAGAUGUUGUAAUAAUUCCAGCUGGUGUCCCAAGAAAACCUGGAAUGACACGUGAUGAUCUCUUCAAUAUUAAUGCUGGAAUUGUCAAGGGUCUCUGCGAAGCAAUUGCCAAGUACUGCCCUAAUGCGCUUGUUAAUAUGAUUAGCAACCCUGUGAAUUCAACGGUACCUAUUGCCGCUGAGGUUUUCAAGAAGGCAGGAACUUAUGAUGAGAAAAGAUUGUUUGGCGUAACUACCCUUGAUGUGGUUAGGGCCAAGACUUUCUAUGCUGGAAAGGCCAAGGUUCCAGUUGCAGAGGUUAAUGUACCAGUUGUUGGUGGCCAUGCAGGCAUAACCAUUCUCCCACUCCUUUCACAAGCCACUCCAAAAGCCAAUUUGCCAGAUGAAGAAAUUGUUGCUCUUACAAAGAGAACUCAAGAUGGAGGCACUGAGGUUGUAGAAGCAAAGGCUGGAAAGGGAUCUGCAACAUUGUCCAUGGCCUAUGCAGGUGCCAUAUUUGCUGAUGCUUGCUUGAAGGGACUCAAUGGUGUUCCAGAUGUGGUUGAAUGUUCAUUUGUGCAGUCAACUGUCACUGAACUUCCUUUCUUUGCUUCAAAGGUGAGGCUUGGAAAGAACGGUGUUGAGGAAGUUCUUGGUUUGGGUCCCCUUUCUGACUAUGAAAAGGAAGGCUUGGAAAAGCUGAAGCCUGAGCUCCUAUCAUCUAUUGAGAAGGGAAUCAACUUUGCCAACAAGUAAAUUAAUUAUGUAUGCGCUGGCGGUAGUGCAUUCCUUUAAUCUCAAACACACAGAAGUUUUGCAAUUUUUUAUUACUGUUGUAUUCCUUGCUGCCAGCAGCACCGGCUUUUCAAUUUGAAGUAGAGUAGCCUUUACAUAAACCAACAAUAAUACCCUGCAGAAUGUUAUGGGAGAGGUUCAAAUAGUGACUUGGAUAAAUUUAAAAAGUUUCAGAGACCAUUAUUAACGAGCCAGCCUGAAAUAUAAACAUUAUAUGAUGAUCGUUAUGUAUGAGUAUGUUUUGGAUAAUCAGGAACUGAUUUGGCUAAA